AUGCCGGAGAUGGACGGGUUUGAAGCCACGCGGAAGAUUCGAGAGAUGGAGGCAGAGAGGCUGCACGUGUACACAGCAGCCAUGGCCGCCUGUGGUAACGCAUUCCCCUCUCCUUCCCUCCCCUCUUCUUCCCUCUCCUCCCCUUCUCUCCCCAUCCCUCCCCUCCCAUUCCCUCUCCUCUCCUCUCUUUCCAUUCCCUCUACCCAGCCCCUCCAUCAUCCCCACCCCCCUCAUGACUACCACAUGCCAGAGAUGGACGGGUUUGAAGUCAAGCGGAAGACUCGAGAGAUGGAGGCGGAGAGGCUGCAGGUGUACACAGCAGCCAUGACCGCCUAUGGCAACGGCUCCCCUUACGGCAGCGCCGCCAGCUGGGUCGAUAAAAGUAUCGAGAGAAACGGUAGCGAUAGGAGCCUAAGGGAGCAGGCUGCUAGCCCGAGAGGUGGAGGCGUGGGGAGAGGAGGGAGAGGAGGAGGUGGGGGAGGAGGGAGGGGAGGUGGGGUCGGGGCAGCGAGGGGAGGGGGAGGAGGAAUGGCAAGGGAAGGGCCAGGGGGGAUGGAAAGGAGAGGAACGGGGGAGAGAGGAGGCAAAGGAGGAGGCGGAGGUGGGAGAGGAGGAAUGGAGAGGAGAGGGAGUGACGACCCGAUGGAUCAAAGUAGGGAGUGGAAUAACAGUCGGGAGUGGACGAGCACCCGCGAGGCAUCAGGGAACAGAGAGGCUUCUAACGCCACCAGAGACACUGCUGCCUCUCGGAAUACCUCUGGUGGUGCUCGAGAGGCUACUACUGGUUCUAGAGAGGCUACUAAUUUGAGGGAGGCGUCUGGGUCCUCUAGAGACAACUCACAGGUGGGGGCGAGCGCAGGCGGGCAGGAGAGCCCCCGGCAUGGGAGAAUACCCCGGCCCGACGGGAGAGGGGGGAAGCCUCCGCCCUCUGGGGGGAAUGCGCUAGGGGGAGGGGCAGGGGCGCCGGGCGGGCGGGCAGGGGGGGCAGGGGCAGGCGGAGGGGGAGGGACUAGCGUGGGGAGGGGGAAUCCGGGAGGGUCGGGGCUGGGGAGAGGGAGCGGGGGGAGGGGAGGGGGUGGGGGGGAAGGUCUGGGGGAGAGUAGAGGAGAGGGGGUGGUGCGGGUGUCAGGGGGGGCAGGUGAGGGGAAGCAGAGUGAGAGCUACGGGGCAGGCAGGGGUGGGGGGUCUGGACCCGGCAACUCUGCUCCUGGGAAUGCAUCCAAGGGUGGGCCUCUGGGCACUCCUGACAGCCGCCCGCGCACCAGCGGAGAACUUACCAACCGCAUGGGCGGCGCUGCCGGGAAAAUCCUGGGCCGCGGGGAGAGUGUCGGGGGAGGGGGAGGCGGAGGGGGAGGGUUAGGGGGAGGGGAGGUGCAGAGGGCGCAGUCUAUGUCCCCCCUUUGGCGCAGCACGAGCAUGGACCCGGGGUCGCUGAGUGCUGGGGGGGCGAGGCAGCCCAGGACGGGGUCGGAGCAGCGGGCAGCACAGAACAUGCGCAUGUGGAUCGAGCGGGCCAGUAACCCCAAGAUGGAUGAAUGGUUGUCGCAGCUCCGUAUUACAUUCCUGCUGCUGCACUUCCCUCCCUCUAUUCCCCUCCAGCUUGAGCUGUGUUUGCGCCACCACUCAUUCUUCCUCUCACCUGUUGCUGCCCCUCCCCUCUCCCUUCAUUUCCCCUUCAAGUCGUCUCCAGCUCACCUCUGCCCGUCCCACGAGCUCUCACCUCAGCCCGUCCCAUUAGCCGGAAAGAAAUCCAGCAGCAGCGGCACCACCCCUUUAUCUACUUCUCGCUUUAUCUCAUUUCCUUGCCCUCUUGUUGCCACUCUCGACCAUCCCUCUAUUUCCUUGCAGGUUGCCUCCAGCUCACCUCCGCCUGUCCCCCGCGCCGUGAGGAAAUCCAGCAGCAGCGGCACCACCCCCCUCUGUCUUCCCCUCACCGCUUUCUGCCCCUCCCCUCCUUCUCUUCCACUUCAGGUCGUCUCCAGCUCACCUCCGCCAGUCCCCCGCGCCGUGAGGAAAUCCAGCAGCAGCGGCACCACCCCCCUCUGUCUUCCCCUCACCGCUUUCUGCCCCUCCCCUCCUCUUCCACUUCAGAUCGUCUCCAGCUCACCUCCGCCUGUCCCCCGCGCCGUGAGGAAAUCCAGCAGCACCGGCACCACCCCUCCGCUGCACUCUGCCGACCGGCCCCCUUUACAGUUACACUCACGCUCACCGUCCCACUCACAGGUACCCUCUCCUCCCUAG